AUGAAGUCCUUCAUUUCUCUGGCCGUCUUCCUGACUGUUUCCCUUGCCCAGCAUGUUACAGUUCCUACGACCUGCACCGGAAAAUUUUCCGCUGGCUCUGACGAGGUGCUCUUCACGGUUCCAUAUACAUACACCGAAGUGCUCAGCAUCAUCGGAAACUACUCCAAUCUGACCUGGUCCGGAUCUCCUGAAAAUUCAGUAUCACUCAAUGGAUCGGACAAUAAAGUCGGCACCGCCCGAACCUACGACCUCGCUGGCGCUCACCUCAUCGAGACCAUCCUACAAUACUCUAAGCCUCCUGCUCCAGGUCCCUACGUCGAGGUCCACAACACUGCUACAAUCAGCGUCACGGGUGUGGAUGUUUACAUUCCUUUCGAUGGCACGGUCGUUACGAGCAUGUGUGAUGGCCAAGCCAGCAUGUUUAACCUCACCACGCACUUCUGCGCGACAAACGUGACCAUGGCGGCCGGAUUGCUGCAUCAAUUGCAUUUGGGAGAUGUUCAGACGGUGGGCAAAUUUUUGGGCGGAAAGGACUUCACGGGAUGCUCGAAUGGAUCGGAUUCUGCGCCGAGCGAGACUACGAGCUCAUCUGCGCCAAAGUCUACAUCUAGUGGGACAACUAGCUCAUCUGCGAUGGAGCCUACAUCGAGUGGGACUAUGACCACAGCUGCAACGGAUUCUGCGCCGAGUGAGACUGCGAGCUCGUCUUCGUCGUUCACGGGCGAAGCGAUGAGGCAGAGUGUGGGAAUUCUAGGAAGCGCGGUCAUUGUAGCAUUGGUGUCUGGUGGGUUGUGUUGA